AUGUCGGGGAUUGUCACCAAUGAUGAUUUCUUAAGGUUGAUGGGAGAUCCAGAACCAGCCAUGCUAGGAGCCCUCGUAUCGCUUUAUGAAAUUGGGUGCCUGGUGGGUGCUUUGAUGACAGGAUCUAUCAGUGACCGCUAUGGACGAAAAGCAACGAUCCGUAUCGGAUGUAGUAUUCUUUUAGUAGGGGCUAUAUUGCAAACGGCGACCAAUGGCUUUGCUUUGAGCAUCAGCUCUCGUAUCAUUACUGGUAUCGGCAAUGGUAUGAAUACUGCAACUGUACCUGUAUUUCAAUCCGAGAUUUCUCCACCACAAUCACGGGGAGCCCAUAUUUGCUUUGAGUGCUGUUUGUUGGUUGUUGGUAUCGGGAUCGCCUACUGGCUAGAGUUCGGUCUUUAUUAUGUGGAUGGCGAUAUUGCAUGGCGUUUUCCCUUGGCGUUCCAGGCGUUCUUUGGGGUGAUCCUACUUGCAGGCACAUUUAUUCUACCAGAAACGCCACGUUGGUUGGUUGCACAUGGCCAUCAUCAAGAUGCAAAGCAAGUGCUUGCUGACUUGUGGACCGAUGGCAAUAUCAAAGCUGAGAGGUGUUUAGCCGAAUUUAACGAAAUCAAAGAAGCAAUCGAAUAUGAGCAAGCCGCUACUCAACAUUCAGCAUCAUCGUAUCGUGCUCUUUUUAAUCAAACAAACCGAUCCAGGGUAUGCCUUGGUAUGCUUUCACAAAUGAUCCAGCAAUUGAGUGGUAUCAAUGUUACAACGUAUUAUCUUGCAAACGUCUUUCUUCAAGCUGGGCUAUCAAGAGCCAUGGCCAUGAUGCUUGCAGGCAUCGACUCCAUUGUUUACUUUAUCGGCUCGUUGCUUCCAAUUUAUUUGACGGAACGUGUGGGUCGACGAAAAAUCAUGCUGUGGGGUCUUGUUGGUCAAAUGAUUACCCUUGUGUGUAUUGGUGGUUGUCAAAAGGCAGGUAUCGAUUACAAUCAAGGCACUUGGACAGCUGCUGGUGGCUCACAAGGUGCUGUGGUGAUGACAAUGAUGUACAAUUUUGUCUUUGGUGCUAGUUGGUUAGGCAUGGCAUGGCUCUAUCCCGCCGAGAUCUUUUCCACUGGUUUACGUGCAAAGGGAAAUUCCCUAUCUACGGCAGCCAAUUGGAUGGGUAACUUUGUCGUUGCUGAGAUGGCACCCAUCAUGUUUGCUAGUAUGGGUUAUUGGACGUAUGUCUUUUUUGCUGGACUCAACCUCUUGUUUAUCCCCCUUGUUUACUUCCUUUACCCCGAGACUCAGGGGCUUUCACUCGAACAGAUCGAGCAGCUCUUUACAGCCACCCAUCAUCAUACAUCCCCAUACAAAGCAUCUAAUACCACCACAAACACCAAUACAGACGAAGAAAAAAGCUUUUAA